CAAACAUGGGUACACUAAAUAUUUCUGCCAAAUUAUCAUAUAUUGUAAAUAAGUCAGUUGCUUAAUUAAACGUGUCAGAAAUAAAUGUCUGUCUGAUACAUUUCCACGGGCCUGAUAGUCCUGGCUGCCUGUUAUCAUGGUUAUUACUCCCACUUGUUGAGCAUAUCCUGAUGACUGUACAGAUCAAUGUAAGUGGACCAGCUGUAGUGUCCUACAGUCAAUAUUGUAUGAUUUCUGUGUAAUGUAUAUGUGUUUGUGUUGAUCCAGCUGUAUAUUGGUGGCAAUGGAGCACUGAUGGCUGCAAAGGCAUCUAUGCUUUUCCCAGAUGUUGCGAUCCAGUUUGUUGGUCCAGUAGGACCCAUCCUUCAACAGAUGAUGCCCACUUCUCUGUCUAUUCCUGAAAGCAGCUUCAUCUCUAAGGAUGAGUUCCAUCUCAUCAUGGAGUACAAGGUGGGGGAGGUGUGGGGGGAGAACUCAGCACCUGUGGCCAACCGCUUCAUCUCCAGCUGUGACUUCUCCAACUCCAGACUGACCAUGCUGGACACCUUCUUCAACAGUCUGGACAGUUUCACCCCUGACCUCAUCCUCUUGUCAGGCCUUCAUUUACUUGAUGGUCAGACCAGUGAGUUCUUCAGCAAAACAGUAACACAUCUGUCCUCCAAGUUACAGCAGAUACCUUCGUCUGUUCCCAUUCAUCUAGAAUUUGCAAGCAUGGCUACACAGAGCUACGUGAAAGACAUUUUGGAAAACGUGCUGAAGCAUGUUGACUCUCUGGGCCUGAACGAACAAGAGUUAGUGUUUUCCUCCAGGGCAGGAGGUGGGCCACACAGCAAAGACACAGACCACCAACUCGCCCAGCCAGAGGUGCACAAGAUUUCUGACAUCCUCCUCUGGUUUCUCCAUACAUAUGGCCACUCUGAACGCAACCCGUCCUCCCGUCUUACACGGAUACACUUCCACUCCCUGACAUACCACAUCAGCGCCACUGUGGGGGGUCGCUGGCACAAUAUCGAGUCCUCUGUUGCUGCAGGAACAAGAAUAGCUGGAAUACAAGCCUGCAAUGUCUCCCAUUUGUCAGCUGAUAUACUUGAUAUCAAAAUACCGCUUAGAUAUAAGCUUUUUUCAGGUGAUAUAGACAGGGACUUUAACCCUGCCGGACCUGUAGUUUCUUUUAGUAGGGAAGGGGUAAAUUUUGUCUUUAGUCCUGUGUUAGUAUGUAAGCAUCCUCUUAAAACUGUUGGUUUAGGGGAUGCUAUUUCUACAACUGGUUUAAUGUAUUCACAGUUUGUGCCAAGCUGAUGUUGAUGUGGAGAUAGUGAUUUCCUCUUGUGUUUGCAACAAAUGUUAAUGUCAUUAGAGAAUGUAACCAGUUUUGCUGGUUACAUGUUGGGUGAAGUCAAAUAUUUCACAACUGCAGAAACACAAGAACUUGAAAUACCUGAAUCUCGUUUGGUGUGUUAAUAUUGUAGUAUGUUUGUCGUUAAUUAUCUGUCUCAACCUUAUGGUCAUAGAAAAGACUCCCUGUGUUAUUGAUACUAGCAUCUAAAUCAAUAACUGGGCACAUUCAGCAUGGCCACCUCACAGAUCUGGGACAUGCUUGUGUGUGGGAUAGGAUAUGGUUGUGUGUAGGAUAGGAGACGCAGGUUUUGGAAGUUGAACUAUCUAGAUGGUUGUAAGUACAGUAGAACAUGGAUAUAGCGUACAAACGGAUAUAGCGAACAAAUUGAAAAGUCCCGUCAACAGUCCUUUAUAAUAUCAUUAAAAUUAUACGU